AUGUCAUCAGACGAAGGACCUUUGGAUCCUCCAAAGAAUACGCAAGGACUUGAUUUGUCCAAGUUGUCUCCACAAGAAUUGAGAAUCUACAAGAUGUACGGAAAGCUCCCCACAACCCAGCAAAUAUUGUCUUCCAAGUUCCAGGACAAGAAGUACUUCGAUAGCGGUGACUAUGCCAUGCAGAAACAGAUGGGUAGCUCCAAGUCAGGUGUUGCUGGAAGUGUUCCAAUGGCUCACCCUAACGCUGAGAAGGUUAAGGAGAUGUACAACCGUAACUCGAUCAGUGCUUCGAAUUCCAACUUCUUGUUCAACGGUAAGCUGAACUUGCUUAGUGAAACGACGGAGGAGACUAAGAAAUAA